AUGGCUGAAGGCAGCCCGGGCGGCCCUGCGUGCAGCGGGGUGGCAGAUCGGCAGGAGCCUGUGCCCAGCAGCGGCGGCUGCAACUUCCCAGAGUAUGAGCUUCCGGAGCUGAGCACUCGCGCCUUCCACGUGGGCUCCUUCGGGGAGCUGUGGCGGGGCCGACUGCGCGGGGCCGACGACUUGUCCCUGGAGGAGCCUCGGCCGCCCGGGGGCCGAGGGGGCGCCGACUGGGCGCGGGAGGACGCCGCGGUGGCCCGGGAUCUGGGCUGCAGCCUGGAGGCGGCUGCCGAGCUGAGGGCGGUGUGCGGCCUGGAUAAGCUGAAGUGCCUGGAAGAAGGCGAGGACCCGGAAAUUAUCCCUGAGGACGUGGACCUGGUGACUUUGGGAGUUAGGAAGAAGCUCAUGGAACACCGGGAAGAAACCAUAACGAUAGACCGGGUGUGCAGACAGGAAACAUUUGCUUACGAGAUGGAGUCCCGUGCCAUCGGGAAACGGCCGGAGAAUCCAGCUGACCUGGUGGAACCGGGGGAGCUGAUCCUAUCGCUGAAUAUCUUGUACCCUGUCAUCUUUCAUAAGCACAAAGAGCACAAGCCGUACCAGACGGUGCUGGUGCUGGGCAGUCAGAAGCUCACCGAGCUGAGAGAUUCCAUCUGCUGCGUCAGUGACCUCCAGAUCGGAGGGGAGUUCAGCAAUGCUCCAGACCAAGCCCCUGAGCACAUCAGCAAAGAUCUAUACAAAUCGGCCUUCUUUUACUUCGAAGGAACAUUUUACAAUGAUAAAAGAUAUCCCGAAUGCCGAGAUCUGAGCAGGACUAUCAUUGAGUGGUCUGAAGCCCACGACAGAGGUUAUGGGAAGUUUCAGGCGGCGAACAUGGAAGAUUUCACCUUCAAUGACCUGCAUAUCAAACUGGGCUUUCCUUAUUUAUAUUGUCACCAGGGAGACUGUGAACACGUGGUGGUCAUUACUGACAUACGACUUGUGCAUCAUGACGACUGCUUGGAUAGGACACUCUACCCCCUUCUUACCAAGAAGCACUGGCUGUGGACUCGGAAAUGUUUUGUUUGUAAGAUGUACACUGCCAGGUGGGUGACAAACAAUGACAGUUUUGCACCAGAGGACCCAUGUUUCUUUUGUGAUGUUUGCUUCCGAAUGCUCCACUAUGAUUCAGAAGGCAACAAGCUGGGAGAAUUCCUGGCUUAUCCUUAUGUUGACCCAGGAACUUUUAAUUGAUAGAAUAAAAACGUCCUCUUGGACAAUUAUUUCCAAGAAAUGCCACUGAAGAAAAGGAUCUACCUCCUGAACCAACUGCUUUCAUUACAAAAACUAUAAAGUCCUGCUACUGGUUUUCUAAAUGACAUAACUUUGAUUGUAUUUCAUGCUUAGAAAAAGGAUAUAGUAUUUAUUAAAGUGCACUUUAAACUCAGAAUGCUUUUUGCCCAUUUUUAAGUGGGCUGUAUGUGUCAUUAACAAGGCAGAAAUGUGUCUUCUGUAUUCUGGAGUACAAGUCUCUGUCAGACGUAUGUACUGAUUCUUCUCGCCCAGCCUGGCCUGCCUGUUCAUUCUAAUUCUGUCUGGACUGCAUUUUGCUAAUGAUAGGACUCACCAAGUAGUUGAAGUGUUUUGAGUCUUUGAAGAAUGUGAGAGCUGCCUACCAAGAAGCUUCCAAGGUACAGAUCCUUCAAAUACAUACAAUGAACUGAGAAGUUAAACACCGAGUAAAUUUUAAACAAGCAAGAACCGUGCUGUAAAUUAAUCAUAGAGUGGACUGCUCUUAAUAUUAAGGGGUGUUUGGAUGAAAAACAGGUGUUGGUGACAUUUAACACACUUCAGAGUUCCUAAGCAAAACAAGUAUAUGAUCUUGACAGAUCAGAUGCCCUCAAAGAAGUAAUGUGUAAAUUGGAACUUCAUUUCUUUGUAAGAAAUAAUUUAAUCACACCAGCUUUAAGUGUAUGACAAUUUAGUUAUGAUGAUUAAAAAAUUAAACAAUCCUGUAAUUUAUGCAGGAUGAGUGGGACCAGAGUAAUCAAGACUUGUGGGUGAGCUAGCUCAGGCUUCUCAAACCGAAGCACCCAAUUCUGCCAGCCCCCAAAUCGGUUUUUUGGGGGCUCUGAUUUCUUAAAUCAUUUUAUAAUCCCUUUAACCAAUAAUCCUAGUAGUAAGUCAGUCUGAUCCAAAAAAUGACACACACACACACACCCGAAUUUGAAUUCAGUAUCAGAAAAUUAUAGCUAACCCUAUUUAAAAUAUCUUCUGGAAAUCUUUACUGUUUGAGGGUGGAGAAUUUAUUAAAAUUGUAAAGUGGCAUAAAUUCAA